AUGGUAUGUGUUCUUAUCCGAAGUAUUGUCCAAGAUGUUGAUGGUGGUGCUCUCAAGACAGUUGAAACGAUUGGGCUACAGAUCAUCGUUGUCGGUGCAGGGCUCGCUGGGAUUUCUGCGGCAAUAUCGUGCGCCUUAGCUGGCCAUUCCGUCACCGUUAUAGAGGCAGCAAAAGAGCUCGCGGAAGUUGGUGCAGGGCUUCAAGUCACCCCUAAUGGCUCACGUCUUCUCAAAAAAUGGGAUCUUCCUCAGACCAUGUGGGACCAGGCAGCCGAGCCAACACAGUUGACUGUACAUCAAUAUUCCGGUGCAGUGCUGGCUCGUGAGGUUGGCUUUGAUAAAAACAUCCGAACGAAAUACGGCGCGCCUUUCGUUGAUCUACAUCGAGUGGACUUACAGCAAGCUUUGUACGAACGGGCUCGGCAAUUAGGAGUGAAGUUUCAUCUGAAUCAACGCGUAAACAAUGUCGAUCCCUCGGUGCCGUCACUAACUACCAUUUCGGGUCAUGAAUACCACGCAGACCUCAUAGUUGGGGCUGAUGGCCUGUGGUCCCGAACUCGAGAAUGCUUUCUAGGAACUGCGGAUUCACCCAAGCCGACAGGAGAUUUGGCAUAUCGAAUUGUUCUGUCAUUGGAUCAAAUCAAAGACCCAGCUUUACGAGACUGGGUGAGCAACCCAGAAGUCCAUUUUUGGAUUGGGCCUGGAUCCCACGCGGUGGGAUACUCCCUAAGGGCGGGCAAAAUGUAUAAUCUUGUAUUACUUGUGCCAGAUGAUCUACCUCCGGGUAUCACGAAGCAACCUGGAAAUGUCGAAGAAUUGAAACAGCUGUUUAAAAGCUGGGAUCCCGUUCUCACUCAACUUCUAGGCUAUGUUGACCAAGUUGACAAGUGGAAACUGAUGCAUAGAGAAGAGCUCCCAUCUUGGGUUAACGAAGCCAAUAAUUUUGUCUUAAUAGGCGAUUCCUGCCAUCCCAUGCUUCCAUAUCUUGCACAGGGCGCUAAUUCGUCCAUGGAGGAUGGAGCGGCCCUGGGGACGAUCUUGAAGUCUGUCACAAAGAAAGAGCAGCUCCCAGAUGCUUUGGAAAUGUUUGUGAAGCUACGAAAAUUGAGGAGUGAGGCUAUCGCCAAGGAAACAUUUAAGCAGCGGAAUGAUUUUCACAUGCAGAAUGGCCCUGAACAAGAAGCGCGAGACGAAAUCUUCACCUCGCAGCUCGGCAAAGAAAUAACUGACCUUUUCCCCAGUCGAUGGACGUGCCCUGUUGUCCAGCCAUGGAUAUAUGGAUAUGAUGCGAUAGCCGAAGCCGAAAAUGUACUCAAAGGCAAAGGACUCCCCAACAUUGAGGAAAAGCUCUUGUGCCAAGAUGAAGCCCACGGCCCAAGAUUAAGGCUGUAA